CUGCGUCCCAACAACGCCGUUGACCGCGCACUACUGAACAAACAGUAUCUAGCCCAUCGACAGAGACAGAGCCCGACUUCUUACUCUUUCAGGCAUCCAUAGCGCGAGCAGCCCCAGUAUGCUCACGCUUAACAGCCUCCUCAGCAUGCGGUCGCCCCUCCGCCUCGCAUCGAUUGCUGCCAUUGCCGCCCUCAUCUCGCCCUCGACCGCCCAGACAUACUCCACUUGCAACCCCACACAACAGUCGGGCUGCACGCCGAAUCCAGCGCUGGGAAAAUCACUCACAAUCAACUUUGCCGACGGCGAGUCCGAUCAAUUCACCGCGUCCAGCAACCCGACAUAUGGUCCCGAUGGUGCUGUCUUCACAGUGGCAGGCUCUGGCCAAGCCCCAACAUUGACCUCCAAAUGGUACAUUAUGUUCGGAAAGUACUCGGUGACGAUGAAGGCCGCUCCCGGUACCGGCAUUGUCAGUUCCGCCGUGCUUCAGAGCGAUGAUCUCGACGAGAUUGAUUGGGAGUGGCUAGGAGGGCGCAACGACGAAGUGCAAACCAAUUACUUCGGCAAGGGCCAAACCACAUCCUACGAUAGAGCUGCAGUGCACGCCAUCACGAACACCCAGAAUGAGUGGCACACAUAUACCGUGGAGUGGACGAAAGACCAAAUUGUCUGGUCAAUAAACGAUAAAACGGUCCGCGUUCUCAACGCUGGCGAUGCCCAAGGACAAUACCCACAAACUCCCAUGCAGCUCAAGCUUGGAUCGUGGGCUGGUGGUGACCCAAGCAACUCCGAAGGCACCAUCUCGUGGGCUGGUGGUGCUGUCAACUACGCGGCUGGACCCUUUUCCAUGUAUGUCAGCUCAGUGUCCGUUGUCGACUAUUCUACCGGCACGGCAUACAGCUAUGGCGACCAGAGCGGGACAUGGGAGAGCAUCGAGUCGACCGGCGGUGAGGUCAAUGGCAACUCUGGUGGUAGUGUCACCGUUGCCGACGCUCCCGCAAUCACCUCGACGACCAGCGGCAACGAAGGCUGGAGCGGAACACACGCAACGAACACAGCGACUGUCUCGUAUACCACUCUUCCUGGUCUGCCAUCCGGUUGGACCAUCAGUGGCUCGGGCAAAGUCGUUCCACCGUCUGCAGCCCCAUCGCCGUACCCAUCCGCUUUGUUGUCGCCAUCGCUCUCUGUGUCUGCAGUGGAAGCUUCGCCCACGCCCUCCGGUGGUAGUCCCAAGACAGAAUACAACCAGCAGGGCUUUCUCGUCACCAUUUACGUUCCUGCAGGCGCAUCGACAGGCUGGAACGACAAAGGCCUUGCCACUACCUGGCUCGCUGACGCUCGGCCUACUCCAGUUGCUUAUGGUCAUGCUCUCGCUGAUGAGCUCAAGGCCGUCGCGGGGACGCAGACUGGACUGGCUACUCUUGCUACGGAUGACGGAAGCAAUUUUGUGACUGUAUCAGUCACGCACUCCAACGGUGCUCCGGCACGACGUACAGUCGGCUCCCCGUCAUGGCUGUCCACAUGGCCCAUAUGGACCAUUCCCCUGGUGCUUCUGCUCUGUGUGUGCUAGUAAUAUGGUUGGUUCGCGAGGAUACCAGCGCGCUGGACUGACAAGCCUGCAACAAGAAGUGGACUGAGAAGCACAUGGCACUGGCAGCCUCAGUCGAGCACGAUUUUUGAUUUUUCAUUAUGAUUUUGAUCGGUUAAGCGGCAUAGCGUUGGUUGGAAAAGGAUUGGCAUGGGAUGGACAGGACGGAGAACAUUGUCAUAAAUUGGGUAAUGAGCAUAAGCCACUUCGCACGCGAAGCAGAGCUGGCAAGGCAAAGAAUCAUGAAUGAUGUAGAUAGAUACAUAGAUAGAGGAAGC